CUGCCGAGGUCCCGCCUGCCGCCUCCUCCCAUUGGUUGCGAUGGCUCUCGCUCGCGGUGCGAUUGGGCGCGGCGGCUGCCGCUCCGCCCGCGCAGGGAUAAGGAGCGGCGCGGGUCUGGGAGCGAGAAAGUUUCUGCGCGGUGCUGAGCGGGGCGGGAUGGCCGCGGCUGGCCCUGGCGCUGCCUGCGCCCCGCAUCGGGUGUCCCCGCCUGCCCGCGCCCCGUCUCUGCGGCGAGCGGCUCCUUGGCAGCUGCUGUGGCGUUUCGGCCGGCAGUCGCUGGCCCCGCCGCGGAGCGCGGCUGUCUCCGCUAAGCGGCGAGCGGGCGGCCGGGGACGCUGCCCGACGGAGGCCCGGCACGGCCCCCUCAGCGCGCCUCAGGCUGCCCGCGGCCCGGCCGUCGUGCGCCCGCUGGGGUCCCCGCGCCUGUGCCGCUGCCGGGGCGCUUCGCGUUCAUGCCGCAAGCGUAGCGGCUUCCCAGGACAUAAGGGACGCUUUUACGUGACAGAAUGGAUGAACAGUCACAAGGCAUGCAGGGGCCUACUGCUCCACCAUUUCAGCCACAGAAAGCCUUGCGACCUGACAUGGGCUAUAAUACACUUGCCAAUUUCCGAAUAGAGAAAAAGAUUGGCCGUGGGCAGUUCAGUGAGGUUUACAGAGCUACCUGCCUGUUGGAUGGGGUACCAGUGGCUCUGAAGAAGGUUCAGAUAUUUGAUUUAAUGGAUGCCAAAGCCCGUGCUGACUGCAUCAAAGAAAUAGAUCUUCUUAAGCAACUGAAUCAUCCCAAUGUAAUUAAAUACUAUGCCUCAUUCAUCGAAGACAAUGAACUGAACAUAGUGUUGGAAUUAGCAGAUGCUGGAGAUCUCUCUAGAAUGAUAAAGCAUUUUAAGAAACAGAAGAGGUUGAUUCCUGAAAGAACAGUUUGGAAGUACUUUGUUCAGCUUUGCAGUGCCUUGGAACAUAUGCAUUCUCGUCGUGUUAUGCAUAGAGAUAUAAAGCCAGCUAACGUGUUCAUUACAGCUACAGGCGUAGUAAAGCUUGGAGACCUUGGACUUGGUCGAUUUUUCAGCUCCAAAACCACAGCUGCACAUUCUUUAGUUGGUACACCUUAUUAUAUGUCUCCAGAGAGAAUACAUGAAAAUGGUUACAACUUCAAGUCUGACAUCUGGUCUCUAGGCUGUCUGCUGUAUGAGAUGGCUGCGCUGCAGAGUCCCUUUUAUGGUGAUAAAAUGAACUUGUACUCCCUGUGCAAGAAGAUAGAACAGUGUGACUACCCCCCCCUCCCUUCAGAUCACUAUUCAGAGGAACUGCGACAAUUAGUUAAUAUGUGCAUCAACCCGGAUCCAGAGAAGCGACCAGACAUAACCUAUGUCUAUGAUGUAGCGAAACGUAUGCAUGCACACACUGCGAGCAGCUAAACAGACAUCAGAUCAUGAAGAAAAGAGCAGAAAUAACCAAGUAUUUUAAAUAAAUCAUCCCACCUCUUUGUUUGUGUUACACAAAUGUAAUUAUUUGAUGCUUACUGUUGUGCUUUGAAUUGUAAACCAUUUUAUAUACAUGCUUUGUUUUCUGUUUAUUUUUUUGUAUUUUUUACUAACUUGUAGUUCUACAACAGGUUUAAAUAUGUAAAGUGUAACUUUAGAAGACAGCAAGAGCUAUUGUGUUCCAUGUUAAGUGGGUUCAAGUAUGUUUUCUUUAAUAACAAAUUUUUAUUUAGUUGGGCCUCAGUUCUAAAACACAGUUGCACUUUUGCACAUGAUACAGAUACCAGGCUUAUUAUCCAGAAGCAAGAUGUCUGAAUCUCUCAACUUUUUAGUAAUUUAUAGAAAGUAUGAAUUAGCACAGUUAACUUUAUUUUAAUCUUUGUUCCAAGAGGAACAUAAUUAUUAUAGAUGGUGGUUGUGUUUUAUAUUGAACGUGUGUUGAAGAUGUUUGCAGCUCUCUGCAUAAGAGUAGGCAGGUGGUAGGAUUAAUUCUCUGCUUGCCAAAUGUGACGGGAAAAUAGUUUCAGGAAAAAUUGUCAUGCUGAAAUUUUUCUAACAUGGCUUUUUAUUAUUCUGCCAUAAUGCACGUAAAACAUUUGUUGGAGGUUUUCUGGGAAAAUUUAAGGUGUUGAUUUUGCAAUCUGAUAGCUUUCAAUAGGCUUGUGUAGCACUGCCCUGGGGCAAUAGGAAUCUGCAUAGUUAAGUCUUCAAAACAUGCAGAUGAUUCUUGUUGCAAAUCGGGUUCUUUUGAGGCUAAUGUUUAUGAGAAGGUCUGAUUUAAAGGUGGGAUCUUUUAAGUUACAGCUUCCCAACUGUUUAUGUAUAUAUCACUGUUUAUAGAUUUUUGUGUUUAAAAUUUGAAUCACCUUACAGUAUAUUUAAAAGUUAAUAUUUUUUUUUUAAAUACAAAAACCUUUUGGAAAAGAUACAGUGUGGUAUAACACAAAAUGUAUUCUUCUUUAAUACCUGGUUUUGUAUACUGUAUCCUGAGAAUUAGUUUUAUAUUUAGCAAAAGUAAAUUUUAGCUUUUAUGUUUAAGAGAAAGUUGCCACUCCUUCAUUUGGGAAAUAAAUAUGUAUGUAAAAUGUCUUACAAAUACUUAUUAGUUGAAAAGGAAAUCCAGAAUACUUUUGUUAGACCUUAGUACCUUUUUGGAUAUGCUUAAUAGUAUUGUUAUUGUUAAGGAAGGAAGGUGUCUUGUUUUUAAAUGUGGUAAAAAUGGAGAGUGGCCUGAAGCUUCUUGAGUUUCAAGACUGAACUUUUUAUAUAGAACUGUCAAAAUUAUUACCAGUGAUAUUGCUAAGAAGCAAUUCCCUUAUGUGGGCAAAAAGAAGUUAGUUCAAAUAAAAGCAGCGGUAAGUACGUACACAUAUAGGUUCUAAAUGCAGCCAGUUUCCUGCAGGCUCAGAUCCUUUUUUUUUGUUUGUUUCUCUGUGCAGCUUUAUUUUUUGAUUUGAUAUAAUGCUCAAAGAAUAAAAAUCCAGUUGUGGGGUUUGUGGAUGAAAUGUUCAAGCUAGGUCAGGGGGGUUUCUGUUUUUGGUGUGUGGGGGUUUUUUUGGGUUUUUUUUGGUUUUUUUGUUUUUUUUUUUUUAAUUUUUAAAUCUACAAAUACUCAUGUUUGGCAAAAUACAGGAGUUUUUAAAUAGUAUGUGGCAGAUCAUCAGCUUGUCUUAAUACACAUAUUUUUUUAAUUUUUGUUUCCAGAUUUUAUAGGAUGAAUCCUUAGUCUUUCUCCUGGCUUCUGUGUAUCUUGUAGGGCUUCAGCGGAACGAUUUUAGGGAGGAGGUAUUUGAGAAACCUUGGUUUGUGUUUAACAACUUCUAGAUCUCAUGUGUUACCUGAUUAUUGAAUUUUAAAAAUGAUGGUUGUGUUCCAUAACAGUAGUUCAUACGUCGUAGGAUGAAGUGGUUUGUAUUGGAACAGGCAGCAUACUACUUUUGGACUGCCAGGAUUAGCUCUUAAUAUGCACAAAUACUCAAGCCAUUUUUAGCUCUUUUUUUUUUUCUGAAAUGUGCUAGAACAUGUAAAAAUAACUGAAAAAAUACCCUCAGCACAGUCUAGCUAUUUGUAUAUAAUAAUCUGCAUAAAGUAUUAAAUUUUUCCUGAAAGAAACCAAUAAUAAUUUCCUCUCUGCCCUGCCUUCGGAAGGAUACAUUGAGUAAAGAAAUCAUGAGUUAAAAGUUAGCAAAUGUGCAUACUUAAGCAUACAAAUUUUUUUAUUGCUGUAUUUUUCUAGUAUUUAUGAUUAAAUCUUGUGCUGAGGAAAAGAAAAAGUUGUUCCUGUUUUAAAAUGAAUAGUACAGAUUACUCUGGUACCAAACUUUAUAAUUAAGAAUUAACCUCAUAUAGGUUAAUAGAACUGCUUACUUAACUGGGAACGGUAGCAUCUAUCCCCUAAGUAAAGCACCUAGUAACAUAUGAAAAUGUUAAGUCUUUUAUAACACUCCCAUUUGUGCUAUACAUUUACAAAAUAUUUUCUUUUAUAAAACACCUUUCUAUUUUUUGUAUGUUGUUGAUCUUGACGUUUGGCACUAUUUAUUUUAAGCUAUGGCAUUAUGUGUUUAUUUUCUUUAAAGGAAGCGUGUUACUUUUCUAGCCAAAAUGUCUGACUAGCUCCUCCUUUUAUUUCAGUAAUGCUUACAGGAUUAACUUGCUUUGAGUGAACUAUGUGCUUUGAAUGACACUGCAUAAAAUCUUUGUCUUGUCUUGAAAGCUCCCCUGCUGUGCAGUAGUCUAAUAGAAAUAAAACAUACAGAUAUGAAAUAUAAUAUAAAAAAGAGUGUUUUUAUGAUAUUUUUUCAAACUUCUAUUAUUACAUAUAUAUAUAUAUGUUACAGUAGAUACUACCUAUCUUGUGGACAGUGUACUGCUUCCAGUAGUUGAUUAUAGGUGAGUUUUCUUGACUGUAACAAAAGAUAGUAUAUAAAAAACACCUUUUGUUGUAUUUGUCAAUUUUUUUUCUAAAAAUCCUAGAUCUGAUGUAUUCACAAUUAACCCAAAAGAGUGUUUUUAUACCAAAGUUAAAAACAAAUCUGAAAUUAUUUUCAAACCAUAUGAAAAUAUCUGAAAGGCAUAAAAAGAAUGAAGAGCUCCCAUUAUGCCCCAGUCCUGUGAGCUGCUGUUUAUAGGUAGGCUGAAUUUUGUGUAACUUCAGUAAUUUUGAGUGAACCUCAUAUACACACAUGAAUAAAUAGUAAUUAGUAGGGUAUAUAGAAAUGAUGUGCUCAGCUCACUUUUUAUACCUCUCCUGUACGUCACUGGUUUGGUAGCAGGGAAUGAUGUGGGGUUUUCCCCGCCUUCUUCUGUUGCACUCUAACGAUCCAGCUACCAACCGUACGAGCAGGCAAUAGAAGUAUGUUGACUUCUUGUAAUAAGCAGAAACUUUAAAAAUGUGCCAAUAUACUGCAAGAUGAAAUACAGCAUUAGAAGUGUCUGAGAAGGCUGGUGUUUUAUUCAUGCUUAAGAAAGCCACAGAGUGAAAUUCUUGACAGAAGCUUGGAAAUGGAGGACUUCUUAUGCCAGUGGUUCUCAGAUAGCUCUGAAUGGGACCUAAAGUCUCAGCGCUGUUUGUUUUCAACAAUCUGUCCACUUAAUCUCUGUCUGCGCUGUUACACAGUGAGAUGAGAAUCUUAAUGGCUGGACUGGAAUGCUGGUGGUGAUUGCUGUGUCAGGUAUUUGAGCUUCUAGGAACAGGAAGUUGAUGGGAGGGAGAGUCAAAGAAGGCCUUCAGGUCUUGCUUUGUGGAGAGUUAAUUUAACCUGAAAGUAAAGUUGCUGAAUAGCAGAGUUCAGAUAACUGCUUUUUCAUUAUUUUUAGUACUUCUUUAACAGUCAGAAGUUUUUCUAGCCCUACCAUAUCCCCACAUCAUCUAGCCGGUGGCAGUGCUGGUCUUCCGAAUGGCUGAUCGCUGCUGUGAUCUGGGUGAAUACCUAAACCUUGCUGGCAAGGUCAUCCCAGGGGGGGAAUACCAGCACUGGGCAUGCCUAGGGGGGUGUUACUUAAGUUUCUGAACAUGACUCAAAUACAGAUUUUUAAGGUUCUUUUUCAAAGUUUAUUCCCUUCCCUAAACCUUGUUCUUCAGUUGAUACUUUUAAAAGAUUGCUUCCCUUUCAUAUUCACUUGUGAAGUUCUAAGAUUCCUGUCUUCCACUGGUUUUGCUUCAUCUGUCCUGUUGUCUGCGCUACCCUCUUCCUGAUUUGAAGUCCUCUGUGUCUAGUUUGCUUCUUUCUUUGUGCCUUUGCUAAACUCAAGCCAUUUUUCUUCUCAAAUUUUCUCCACUCACUGUGGGCAAGCCCUAUAUUUUCCCCUGAUAACUACUUAACUCCAUUGUUCUUCAUUCUGUUUUUCCAGCCCAACGCUUUUGAUUUCUAGUUUUAGACAGAUUUUCUCACUGCCUCAAUCAUUCCCAUGACCUUGUCUUUACUAAAUACUGUUCACUUUAUUAUACCUCAUUUCUAAAUUCCCUUUCUCUGAUCACUACCUGCUCUCUUCCAGCUUAUCUGUCUUUCUCUCUCCUCUACCCUGUCACUCACUCCUUUUGGGAUCCCAAGUCUAUUAACCUUUCUGACUCCUCUUCUCAGCUGCCUCCUUCCUUCAUUGGCCUCACUUCCUUUGACUCACUGCUCUUUAUUUUCAUCGCUUUCUGCUCCUCCAUACAUGGUUUCUUUGGUUGCUUCUCACAUUGCUAUCCAUUCCUAUCCCUGGACGUUUUUUCUUGUAACUUCUUAAUUUUCUUUCCUGCCUUUCUGAAUAUCUCUGAAGGGUAUGACAGCACAACACAACUUUGGACUCAGCAUUGCCUUACCUGUUUUAAUUCUCUUUCCAAAUGGACUUUUUAACCACUUUAUCCCACCUUUUUUUUUUUCUUGUUGAGCUUGUUUGCAUGUUUGCUGUUCAUUUUAAGUUUCUCAUUCAUUCUUGAUGCAAAAUGUAUCUUCAAAACCAAUGUUGAUUUUUACAUGAUGAGAUCCUUUGCAAAAUUGUCCUUUCUCAGAAAUCUGUUUCUGAACUGGGCUUUUCUGCCUCUUUGCUAUACAAGUUUCCCCCUUUUAUUUCUGUAUCUUUUAUGCCUGUCAUUCCUUUCGUUGAAUGACAACUUUCUCUUUAAAUCCUCAUCUUGUUUCCAUCACUAGCAACCAAGUUUUUCUUUCUGAGGUCUUGAAGGGAUAAGCGCUUAUCAUCCUAACUGGUUCUUUUUUUUUUAAUAUUCUUGCCCUUUAUUCUCCAUUUGUCAUUUCCUAUUGGUAUGUACCUGAAUAUCCUCACUCCAGUUUGUUUUCAAGUUUCUGACUUUACAUUUUAUUUUGAAUGCUCCCCAAAAUCCAGUGCUUCCUUCUUCUCCCGUAGUUCUAUCUCCAGAUGGUUCCUUGAGUAUCUAGCCACAAUCUCAGACCUGUUGAGAUUCAAAGAUCCAGUUUUUAUUCCAGAGUCCCUCCAGACUAUUUUCCAGCAUCCCUGACAAUUUUACUUGCCUAUUUUCCAGGGCCACAACCUUUCUAUCUCAUGACACUUCUCCCAUGCCUGCAUAUCAAAUAUCUCAAAAAUUAUUAGUAUCAGAUUCCAGGCCUCUUCAUUAUCUGUUCUUUCUUGUCUUUUAUCUUUACUGUUUUAACCUCUGUGUUGUUUUGAUAACUUUUCUCCUUUCAAAGUAUCAAAAUCGACAAGACUGAACUGUUGGGCUUUAGCUGCUUCGUGCACUGCAGAAGGAACUCCAUGAAAUCAUUUGUUUUGUGUUUCUAAAGAGACGAGUCCCACAGAUUUCGUCUUAUUUCAGGACUGUAGAGCUGGCGCAGAUUCUAUUGCUCGAAGUAUUUUGAAAGUCCUUGAAUUUUGGCCUUGAUUUAAUCUUCUGCUGCUUCAGAUACAAGUUUUUGCCCUUCAUUUCUUUGUCUUUACUGUGUGUAACUCUGUCUUGUUUCUGCACAUAAAGCUAACGGUCCUGUUCUUGGUGUAGCAACUUGAAUUCAGUGCAUUUACUAUUGCUUAAAAUAAUGUGCUUAAGAGCUUCACUGGCUGGAUCCAGAGUGUUAGGCACAAUGCUCCUCUUUGUUCCUGUCCCAUACUUACACUGGCUUCUCUUGCUGCCUCUCUAUCUGCCCCAACUGAAGAUGCGCCAUGUUACGCUGCAGGGUAGUGUUGAUGCAGUUGAGGCACCUGCAAACAAGGUAACUGGUAUACUUGCAGCACUACUGCAGGUUCUUAUCAAGAGCAAAACGCUUAUUUGUCCUGUGCAUCUAGAACUGAGCUCUGUGCUGUACUGCUUCUCUGUCCAUGCUACCCUAAUUUCAAGCCAGACCAGCUCUGCCUGCAUGGUAGACAGCAAGUUUUCUGCGUAGGUCUGACUUCACAGUUGUAGCAGCCUUUCAGCUUUGGACGACUGCAUGUUUGUAGGGAUUCACUGUUGAUCAAAUUGUCUGAACUUUGACUGCUCGUAAUUAUCCUCAUAUAUAUGUUGAGAAGCAAAAGUCUCCAUAAAACUAAGAAGUUUGGGGAGUGUAGGAUAUAGAGCUGAAUGUCAGAUUGUUUGGUGUGUGUGGGCAUACACACAUUUAAUCACUGUUUAUUUUCACCAGAAUAAUACUUUUCUUUUAGAGGAUCAGGUGCUUGUUGGCACUAAACGAAUACUUUCAGUAUUUUCAGUUUCUAUGUGUAUCCUUUGUUGCCAGUUUGUAUCAUGUCAUACGAUUAAUUAAUUUUUCUUCUAUGACUGCCUUAAUGAUUGGUGGAGGCCUUACACCUUUUGUCGAAUUGAAAUGUUCUGUUCAUAUCGAAAUAAAAAAUAAAUCAAGAAAUUAGA